AUGUCAUCCAAGUUGCCGCAGCCACCCUUCGUUGAUGUGGACGGAAUUGCCAACUUCAGGGAUAUUGGCUAUGUCAAUGCUGGAAAAAAUGUACGACGCGGACAAAUUUAUAGAGCAGCGGAUCCAAGCAAAGCGACACCACAAGGCCUAGAAACAAUGAGCCGAGAUCUAGGAAUCAAGAUCAUCUUUGAUUUACGAUCUACACCGGAAAUCCAGCGCGAUGGACCCGAAUGGGCCGGUGUCGAAAUUGAUAAGACUGAUAGGUUUAGCAAGUAUGGAAUGCAACGUUCGUGGCAGCCCGUUUUUGCGAGUAAAGACUACUCGCCAGAGCAAGUCGCUCUCCGUUAUAAGGAGUAUACGCGCGAAGGCACCGACGGAUUCGUCGCGGCGUACCGUGAUAUUCUAAGAGCUGGCGCCACUGCUGCCUACCCUGCAAUUCUCAAGCACCUCGCGCAAGCCGAGCCGAGCCCUUGCUUGGUCCAUUGCACGGCCGGUAAAGAUAGAACGGGUGUUCUGGUUGCACUGAUUUUCCUGCUGCUCAGUGUUCCGAAAGAGCAGAUCGCCCAAGAGUACAGCCUCACAGAUCAGGGCCUUGCACAUCUGCGACCGCUCUUCACUGAGCGAUUGAUGAAGAACCCGGCCUUGUCAGGUAAUCCAAAAGGCAUCGAGAAUAUGAUCAGCACUAAAUCCGCCAAUAUGGUAGCCACUAUCGACAUGAUCGAUGCGGAAUUUGGCGGUGCUGAGAACUACAUGCGAGAAUACUGCAAGCUCGAAGACGGAGAAAUUUCCCAAUUAAGACGAAAUCUUGAAAGUCAGUAA